CGAUUCCUCUAUGCAGAGAAGGAGUUAUCUGAGAGCAGAGGAAAAUUCCUGAGUAUGAAUGCUCAAAUAGAAGACCUGAAGAAAAGAAUCAGGUUAGAAGAACAAGAACACCAAAAACUGCUGCAGAAACAUGAGGAGACAGUCUCUCAGCUGCAGCAAGAGAAGGAGGCGUCUGCAGCAGCGCACCAGAAGCUACGAGAGUUUCAGCUGGAGGUAACAAGUGAGAGACGUCUUCUUGAAGAAGAGCUGAAUGACACAAUGAACGAGCUGAAUAAAUUACAUGCGAAAGAGAAGAGAUCUGAAGAGCUGGUGAAGCAGCUGGAACAAGAAAUCAAAGUGCAAGAUGUUGAGCUUGCGCAGAUGGAAGCGGAGUUGAAAGGGAAGAAUGCCGGGUUGGAGCAACUCCGUGCAAGGCCCGGCAGCGCUGUUCUGCAGCUCCAGGAAGAGCACAGCAAAGCGUUGCGUGAGCGCGGGGAGACUGCUGCUGCGUUUGAACGCUACAAGAAGACAACAGCUGAAGAAAUAAGCAGCCUCAGAGUGGAGAACACCUCUCUGCGAGAAGAAAUUGCCAGCCUGAAAAAAAUGAGUCAGGAGAGUCGACAGCUGCUUCAGGAAGCAGAAUGUGCUAAAAAUAAAGUGGAAGAAGAAUGCGCAAGGAUGGUUUUAGAAAUCCAGACAAAGGUUGCACUAAAAGAAGCAGAAAGAGAAGGAAUGAGAGAGUCUUGCCUUGCACAAGUGACCACACUUAAGAAAAACCUGGAAGAGCAAACUGAAGAUCUGAAAAGAGAACUCAAAGCGGAAAGAUCAAGGAAGACCAUAAAUGCAGGUGUGACCUCCAGCUUAGAAGAAGAGGUGGAGACCUGGCGGAAGCUGUAUGAAGAUUUGAAGAACAAAACCAAGCCGUUUCAGCAACAACUGGAUGCAUUUGAAGCAGAGAAGAGUGCGCUCUUACAUGAGCAUGGUGCUGCCCAAGAAGAACUCAAUAAACUAAGCGAGGCGUACGCUGAACUCCUUGGCCACCAGAACCACAAACAGAAAAUUAAGCAUGUGCUGAAGUUGAAGGAAGAGAAUGCCCACCUAAAGCAGGAUGUCUCAAAACUGCGUGUGUUGCUGGCGAAAGAAAAGCAAACCAACAGAGAUCUCCAGGGGCAACUGAACGCAGUCCAGGGCAUUCGGCGUUGUGAUCCUUCCACAGCUUUCCAGCACACCAAGGAAAACAUCCCUCCAGAAACUCCUCUGGAAGAAGGUGAUCAGAACAAAAUUUAA